AUGCAAGUCACCUUUGCCCUGUCAAAUUUGACGGGACGAGCACAGACUUUAGCCUUAGGGCUCAAGCUUCACGACCCGAACAUUUUUGAGUCGUUAGAGAUCUUGAAGUCUCGGCUUAAAGAGACGUUUGAGCCGCUGCGAGCCGAGGUCAGAGCACGCUCUGCACUACUGAGUCUCAAGCAAGGUAAGCGUGAUGUGCAUGCUUACACACGAAACCUGGGCUACCUUGCGGGUAGCGCGGAGAACCCUGUUGAUGAGCAUACGCUCAUCAACGUGUUCAUUUACGGCCUUGUGGAUGGACCGGUGAAGACCUACAUGUUCCGGGAGGACUUCCAUACGCUGGAAGAGGCGAUAGCGUAUACGGAACAAGAAGACUUCGGCCUGAGACAGUCUCAGGCUAACUCGUUCAACUAUCGUCCGACGAGGCGACAGGAAAUAGGAGGCCCCGAACCAAUGGACCUCUGUUACAUCAAGAGCGAGAACUCUCGCUCUCUGAGUCAAGCGAACGGCAAGAUGCCACCGCUUUCAGAAGAUUGGGCACUACGCCCAUGUGUGUAG